AUGAACUCUGACAACACUGACAAUAACAUGAACUCUGACAACACUGACAACACUGACGAUAACAUGAACUCUGACAACACUGACGAUAACAUGAACUCUGACAACACUGACGAUAACAUGAACACUGACAACACUGACGAUAACAUGAACUCCUACAACACUGACGAUAACAUGAACACUGACAAUAACAUGAACUCUGACAACACUGACGAUAACAUGAACACUGACAACACUGACGAUAACAUGAACUCUGACAACACUGACGAUAACAUGAACUCUGACAACACUGACGAUAACAUAAACUCUAACACUGACGAUAACAUGAACACUGACCAACACUGA